AUCGAAUAGAACUCCCAAAAGUGCAGACGGAGCAGACCCGCCUCUAAACCAAGAAAAAAACCCAAACCCGUGAGGCUGAGCCUCUCUCUAAAACCUUAUCCCCUUCUCCCAAUUCCCCUUCACUCUCCCAUAAACCCAAUCCAAAACCCAAUCCCCCCCUCUCUGUAAAACCUAAACCCCAUUCUCCUCCUAUCUCUCUCUCACAGCCUCCAUCCAUGGCCUCCUCCAAGCUCCCUCAGCUCUCAUCAGGUUCUUCUUCCUCUUCUCCUUCCUCCGCUUCCUCCGCUUCUUCUUCCGACUCUGAAAUUGAUAUUAAUUUAGCCCAAAAAGCCACUGAUUUGAAAUUUGAUGAUGACGAAACUAAUUCCGGGCCAGGUCUGGGCAGCGACGCCGGGUCCGAGACGGAGGAGGGGUUCGUCAGCGGGGAGGAGGACUUCGGUCCUGUUUUGGAUAGGGCGUUUGUGCGAGGAGAGCAAACCCUAGGCUCAUCGGAGGGAGUAGCAGAGAAGAAUAGUAACGGCGGCGCUGUCAAGCUCGUUAGUUCUUCCGAGUUUUUCCUGAGGCCGAUUGCCAAGGUCUCGGUGGAUAGUGAUGACGGCGAGGAAGAGGAGGAAGCCGGUGAGGAGGCUUUCAAGGAGGCGGUUGCGGCGGGUGAGAGUUCUGUGGCGGAGAAGGGUUUGAGUUUCGCUGAGGUGGCGAAAGGGAACGGUGUUGGUGGUGAAUUGGAGGAGUCGAAAGUUGUUUCGGAGGGUUUAGGCUCUGAAUUGGAGAGCGAGGUUGUUAAUGGUACUGCAGAAGAAGUUGCGAGGGAGAGCAGUGAGAAUGGCUUGGCUGGUGGAGGCGACUCGGUUGUGGAAGCUGUCCGGGUUGAGUUGUCUCACACCGGAGCGGCUGUUGUUGGUGAUGUAGAGAAGAUUGAGGAGUCUGAGAUAAAAGGGCUGGAGGUUCCGGCGGGAGUGAGGUUGGAUAAUGAGUUUGAGAAAAUUAGCGGCGAGGUUGAGGAUGCGGAAGAUUCGGAGCUGGUGGCUGUGGAGGCUGAGUCUGAGGGAGUGGUUGUUGCUGAACCAGCGGUUGGUAAGUUGGUGGAAGAGCAUGGUGUUGACAUAGCUAGUGAAUGUGACUCGGUUGUGGAUGCUGUCCAUGUUGAUUUGUCACAUACAGGGGCAGCUGUUGUUGGUGAUGUGGAGAAGCUCGAGGAGUCUGAGAUAAAAGGGUUGGAGGUUCCAAGAGGCGUGAGCUUGGAGAAUGAAUUUGAUCAAAUCAGCGGUGAUUCUGAAUUGCCAAAUGAUUCAAAGUUGGUGGCUGUGGAUUCAGAGUCUGAAAAAGAUUCUAAAAUGGUUGAAGAACAUGCUGUAGAUUUUACUAGUGAGGGAGAUUCAGUCGUGCAAGCUGUCCAUGUUGAUUUGUCACAUACAGGGGCAGCUGUUGUUGGUGAUGUGGAGAAGAUUGAGGAAUCUGAAAUUAAAGGUAUUGAGGUUCCAAAAGGCGUGAGCUUGGAGAAUGGAUAUGAUCAAAUUAGCGGUGAUGUUGAGUUGCAGUCCGAGUCUGACAAAGUGGUUGUUGCUGAUUUGGGGAAUGUGGAGCAGAAACUUGUUGUUGCCGAUGAAGUUGAUUUUGAGGAGAGAGAGGAAAAAGAACUUAGACUGAAGUCUGAUUUUGCAACUGGCCAGGAAGGGCCCACAACAGAGAUAGGUGCUGCUGAAGUAGAAGUAGUGUCAGAUGAAACCCAGUCUGUGAACCAUGUAUCUGAUUUUAGUGUACUGAAUGCGCCUGAGAGUGUUGAAAUGAGUGCAACUAACCAAGAAAUAAGGCUAGAUGAGGAAGAGGGGAAGCAUUCUCUUGAUGAAAGUGGCAUCGGAUCUUUGGAACCAAGUUCCGUUUCACAUCAAGAGAUAAGGGUUGAAGCUGAAGAUGAUGACGGUGAUGAUGAGGAUAAGGACGACGAAGGGGAAAACGACGGUAUGAUAUUUGGGAGCUCUGCAGCUGCUAAACAAUUUCUGGAAGAGUUGGAACGAGAAUCAGGUACUGGUUCUCACUCGGGUGCAGAGAGUUAUGGUGAGCGAUCUCUGAGUUAUCGUGAUGAUUCUCAGAGAGUUGAUGGGCAGAUUGUGACAGACUCAGAUGAAGAAGUGGAUACUGAUGAAGAAGGGAGGCAAGGUAGUCGUGAGUUUAGCCUUGAAGCUGCAAAGACAACAGCUCUCGAGCUUGAAGCAGAUGGGAAUGACGAUUUUGAUUUUUCCUUGAACAUACUGGUUCUUGGGAAAACAGGUGUGGGGAAGAGUGCUACUAUUAAUUCUAUUUUUGGUGAAGAGAAGACUCCAAUCAAUGCCUUUGGACCAUCAACAACCACUGUGAGAGAAAUUGUUGGUGUGGUGGAUGGAAUCAAGCUUAGGGUUUUUGAUACACCAGGUCUUAAAUCUGCUGCAAUGGAACAGAAUGUAAACCGCAAAAUUUUAUCUUCUGUGCAGAAGUUCACGAAAAAAUGCCCCCCAGAUAUUGUCCUCUAUGUGGAUCGAUUGGACACCCAAAGUAGGGAUUCAAAUGAUGUGCCAAUAUUAAGAUCAAUUACUAGUGCUUUUGGCUCUACAAUUUGGAGAAGUACUAUAGUCACUCUAACUCAUGCUGCUUCUGCUCCUCCUGAUGGGCCAUCAGGUUCUCCUCUUAAUUAUGAGUUGUUUGUUGCUCAGAGGUCACAGAUCCUCCAGCAUACCAUUGGACAAGCUAUUGGGGAUAUAAGGUUUACAAAUCCAAAUAACAUGAGUCCUAUAUCUCUUGUAGAGAACCAUCCCUCUUGUCGAAAAAACAGAGAAGGUGAGAAAGUGCUCCCCAAUGGUCAAAGUUGGAGACCUCAGCUGUUGCUCUUGAGCUCUUCUAUGAAGGUCUUAGCUGAGGCAACUAAUCUCUCAAAGCCUGCAGAACUAUUUGAUCACCGAAAGCUAUAUGGUUUUCGCACUCGUUCAGCUCCUCUUCCAUACUUCUUGUCUUGGCUGCUGCAGUCUCGUACACAUCCAAAGCUCUCUGGUGAUCAAGGUGGUGAGAAUGCUGACUCUGAUAUCGACUUGGCUGACUUGUCCGAUUCUGAUAAUGAGGAAGAGGAGGAUGAGUAUGAUCAGCUUCCAUCAUUCAAGCCUCUCAAGAAAGCUCAGAUUGCUAAGCUUAGCAAAGAGCAGAAGAAGGCAUACCUUGAGGAGUAUGAUUACAGGGUUAAGCUCCUCCAGAAGAAGAUGUGGAGAGAAGAGUUGAAAAGGAUGAAAGAAAUGAAGAAGGGUAAUAAGGCUAGUGCAGAUGAGUAUGGUUAUCUGGGUGAAGAAGAUCCGGAAAAUGGUGCGCCAGCAGCUGUGCCAGUUGCAUUACCUGAUAUGGUUCUGCCGCCUUCUUUUGAUAGUGAAAAUCCAGCUUACAGGUACCGCUUCUUGGAGCCGACUUCUCAGUUCUUGGCUAGGCCGGUAUUGGACGCCCAAGGUUGGGACCAUGACUGUGGGUAUGAUGGUGUCAAUCUUGAAUUCAGUCAAGCCAUAGUUAAUACUUUCCCGGCUACUGUUGCUGUUCAAGUUACAAAGGACAAGAAGGAUUUUACUCUUCAUUUGGAUUCUUCAGUUGCUGCUAAGCAUGGGGAGAAUGGAUCAAGUAUGGCAGGUUUUGACAUUCAAAACAUUGGAAAGCAACUUGCUUACAUUGUCAGAGGAGAAACCAAAUGGAAAAAUAUGAAGAAGAACAAGACUACUGCUGGAGUGUCCAUGACAUUUUUAGGUGAAAAUGUAACCACUGGACUCAAACUUGAGGAUCAGAUUGCCAUUGGCAAGCGCCUGGUAUUGGUGGGUAGUGCUGGGACUGUCAGAUCUCAGGGUGACUCGGCAUAUGGAGCCAAUUUAGAGGUGAGGCUGAGGGAAGCAGAUUUUCCAAUUGGCCAGGAUCAAUCUUCAGUGAGUCUGAAUAUGGUGAAGUGGAGGGGUGACUUGGCCCUUGGGGUAAAUGUGCUGUCCCAGUUUUCCCUUGGACGAGACUACAAGAUAGCUGUUCGUGCAGGAUUGAACAACAAGCGCAGCGGACAGAUCUCGAUUAGAACAAGCAGCUCUGAACAACUUCAAAUUGUACUUGUCGCUCUCGUUCCUAUAGUAAGAUCCAUCUACAAUCUCAUCUUCCCUGGAGCUUCACUCAGUGAGAAUUACUCACUCUACUAGAUUUGUUUCUGUUCAUCCAUUAUCUGUUUCUUUGGAUUAUGUUAUAUUUUGUGGAAUAAACUCAUCAGUUUUAUUUGAUCUAGAACUUGUUUUAAUUUUUAUACGAGUUUAGAUUGCACAUUGAGUUGUAUUGAAAUGAGAUGAUACCUUGAGGGAAUUCAAUAUUUACUUUUUUCAAUGAG